AUGUCUAAAGCCAGCGAGAAAGAACAAUGUGCGGCGUUCCAGUAUGUGAUCGGACAAAACGGGCAAGACAUUUAUAACACAAUGAAGUUUACAGAGGCUCAAACGGACAAAAUCGACGUGUUAUUCGCGAAGUUUGACGAGUAUUGUGAACCCAGAAGAAACACGAUUAUGGAAAGAUACAAGUUUAAUACGCGAGUGCAAAGAGACGACGAAACAGCCGAUCAGUACGUAACUGAACUUAAAUUGCUAGCUAAGAAUUGCAACUUCGGGUCUCUUGAGGACGAGUUGAUUUGGGACCGCGUUGUUUACGGAAUAAAAUCGGAGCGUGUGAGAGAACGGUUAUUACGAGAACGAGAGUUAACGUUAGAUAAAGCGCUAGAAGUAUGUCAAAUAAACGAACAAUCUGAGGAACAACUAAAAGUACUAAACGAUGUUCAGAGCGUCAAGACCAUAGGAAAACAUAACAAAUCAGGAAAUUAUCGUAGCAAAUUAGAUGCAAAAACUGUCUGGAAUUACUAA